AUGUCCAAUAUAGGAAGUUCUUCCUGGGAAGAACUAAGAAAACAGGCACGGCAACUUGAAAAUGAUAUUGAUGUAAAACUAGUAGCAUUUAGCAAAUUAGGAGUGAGCUCAACAUCAUCUCGACUUGGUUCAGAAAGUGUUCCAUUGAUCAACAGCGAUGACAUGUUCGACACCAUAUCGAUGGAGCUGCAACAAAUGCUUACUAAGCUAUCUGCAAUUAAUGAUAAAAUGGCAGAUAUAUCUCCAGGAGGGGCAGCCACAAUGCACACAUUGAAGAGACACAGAGAAAUCCUUAUGGACUAUCAGCAAGAGUUUUCCAAGACUUCUGCUCGCGUAAAUGCAAGAAGAGAACGUGAGGAAUUAUUACGGGGCGGCAGUCCAACUCCCAGUACGUCAGUAGGACUAAGUAGGCGAGAUCAGUAUGCCAAAGAAGCUAACCAUUUGCAUAGUUCACACAUCCUGGUUGAUGAACAGUUAAACAUAGCAAUGGAAGCUCGGGAGCACCUAACUUCACAAAGACAAGUCUUCAAACAGAUGCAGACUAGAUUCAAUGACAUAACAAACAGGUUUCCGAUGUUAAACAGCCUAAUAUUCAGGAUAAAUGCUAAAAAACGAAGAGAUUCUCUUAUCAUUGGUGGAGUUGUGGGCAUGUGUACAUUCCUUCUUCUUUUAUAUGCAUUCCAUUAA